CACUACAAAACCGAGGAAAGAAACAACAACCGCAUAACCCAACCUCCCUUAACCCUUCCCUUCUUUUACAACAUAUUUUUUCCCCCACUCCCACUCCCACGCACGCACACUUACCCAUCAAGCCCCCCCCUCCCUCCCCUCCCAACUCUCUCUCUCUCUCUCUCUCUCCCGGUACCAUCAUCCUCUCUCACCCGCUCUAUCUGCUUCCAAACUAACCUUCUCUUCUUUUACAGCUUUUUUUUUUGAUCUUUUCUUUCUGCGUCAUUCUUUGACGACAAGUAAUUUCCACACCUCUUUCAUGGCUCUUAUGCUAGAUAAUUGUGAAGGCAUCUUACUGUCGUUAGACUCUCACAAAUCUGUACCAGCUCCCUUCCUCACCAAAACCUACCAACUCGUCGAUGAUCCCACCACCGAUCAUAUCGUCUCUUGGGGCGAAGACGGCACCACUUUCGUCGUCUGGCGUCCUCCCGAGUUUGCUCGCGAUCUCCUUCCUAACUACUUCAAGCACAACAAUUUUUCUAGCUUCGUCCGUCAGCUAAACACCUACGGUUUCAGGAAGAUUGUCCCGGACCGGUGGGAGUUCGCCAACGAUUUUUUCAAGAAAGGAGAGAAACACUUGCUAUGCGAAAUCCAUCGAAGAAAGACAUCUCAACCCCAAGUGUCCAUUAGCCAUCACCAUCAUCCACAUCACCACCCGCAUUCGCCGAUCGGUGCUGCUGGUGCUAUUGGUGGCCCUGGUUUCUUCCCAUUUCCGAGCCGGGUUAGCAUCUCUCCUUCCGAUUCAGAUGAACAAACGAAUUGGUGUGACUCAUCACCGAUGUCGUCUCCAAGAGGAGGAGCUUCAGUUUUUGGCGGCGGCGGCGGUGGUUGCGGGAACAACUCGGUGUCCGCACUUUCGGAAGAUAACGAGAGACUGAGAAGGAGCAAUUCCAUGUUGAUGUCCGAACUCGCACACAUGAAGAAGCUCUAUAAUGAUAUUAUCUACUUCGUGCAGAACCAUGUGAGGCCCGUUGCUCCUAGUAAUUCCUAUCCUUCUUCUCUUGUCAUCUGUAAUCCUUCACCCACUCCUACACCUCCGAUCACCAACCUUCCUGCAGCAUCGAUGGUGCAAAAGCCUUUUCACCAGCUGCUUGGGUUUUACCAGUCCAGCCCAAAGCAACCUUCCCAUGUCAAGGAUUCUUUCAACUCGUCUACUCCCUCAAAUGCCUCUAUAGCUGUGCUCGAAGAACCCAACGACAAUGACGACGACAACAACCACAACAAUAACAGUAAUAGUCGAACGAAGCUGUUUGGUGUGUCUCUUCAUUCCAAAAAGAGAUUGCACCCGGAACAGACAUCUCUUCCCACGAGUAUGGACACCAACAAGGCUCGUUUUGUGUUGGCCAAGGAUGAUUUAGGGUUGAAUCUUAUGCCUCCCUCUCAAUGUUAAUUCCUUUGAUGAACUCAUUAAUCAAGAGAUUCAGCUACUCUUUACUUUUCCCUUGCUCUCUCUUGUUUGAUUGUCAUGUUCUUUCCUGGGCCCGAGAGUCUGACAGUUGAUUGAGUGUGUAAGUGGGUGUUCUGUACAUAAGUUUGAUCCGGUAUUUUGUUGUUCCCCAGCCAUGAAUGCAGGUUGGUUUUGAUUAGAGUGAACAAAAAUGCAAGUUAUGUCAUCCACAUUAUCUUUC